GAUAUCCCUUUAAUAGAAUAAACUUGGGCCUACAUUCUGUACAGUUCUGGAGAUUAUUUUAAUUAAUUUUUCAUUUUCUCCAUUUACCUAUUGGGUUAACUGGUGAAAUCAGUACUAAAAAUAAAUGAGGAAACGAUGAUAAAAGGCAGAGAAGGAUUCCAGAUGAGAGAUUAGAACUUGGCUUGUUAUGAUGUUAUUUUUUGGGUUCUUCCCAGCCAGUGAGGAGGAAGGGGAGGAGCAGGAGCUUGUUUGCGUUUUCUAUUCUCGUGCUGGAGACGAGAGACUAUUAAGGUCCAUCUAGAAAAUGGGGCUCUCACGAGUGUUUUUGGUCAUAGUGUGGUGCGUCUGUCAUGCACCAACAAGUUCUUGCCCUGCAAGGUGCCGGUGUGUGUCAACUACUUCACGUCCUUCUGCAGAUUGCUCUUACCAGGAGCUGAAGUUUGUACCAACAGACCUGCCUUCCAACCUUACACAGCUCAGCUUAUCUGUCAACCACAUCUCAGCUCUUAACACUACUUCCUUUGCCAAAACCUUGGGCAUCACCUCUCUUUGGCUGGCCAAUAACCAAAUAGUCACAAUAGCCCUUGGCACAUUUUGGAAUCUGACGCAACUGAUGAAUCUGGACAUCAGCCAUAACCAUCUCCUGGACUUUCCCUGGAGUGACCUCUCCACCCUCCAUAAGCUUCAGAUCCUUAUUCUCAAUAAUAAUCAAUUGGUAAACCUUCCAUUAAGCACUUUCAGCAACACUAAAGAGCUGAGGUCUCUCCAGCUUAGCAACAACCAUUUUUCAACAAUAGCAGAGGGUACUUUACAACCUUUAUCUGCUCUGUCUCAUAUUCAGCUUCACAGCAACCCAUUCAACUGCUCAUGUCAACUAAUGUGGCUGAAAGACUGGCUGGAAAAAAACAAACUUACCAUUGAUAGAAGAAAAGAGAUUGCUUGUUCUGCUCCUAAAGAGUUUAGGGGUGUCUCUUUAGACCAUGUGCCUGGUGCUCAUUGUAAAAUACCAUCAGCAAUUCAAGGUGAUGAACCCUUUAUGGGCAAGAUCAACUUGCUUUGCAAGGAGGCUGGAAUUUCUAAAUUGAUAGUAAACACAAAUUUCCAAAGGUUAAAUGACUAUAAGAAGGCUGAGACUGCUAAUAACUUAUUUGCAAAUGGGACCAUUUCAAUCCAUUAUAAUAAACAGGACAUGAUCUACCUAUGCCGUGUAUCCAACCACACAUCAGGGGCACCAAAGGAAAUCUCAAUAUCUUUUACCCAUGCAGAGGUGUUGGGGUGGUUACAGGAGGAAGGGCAGAAGUUUCUACUAGUGCUAGUGGCCAAUAAUGAAAACUCAGGGGUAAAACAAAUGUAUUGUUCAUCAGGUACACUCUUGUAUUGUUGGAUAACAGUAUUAAUGGUGCACUUGUUGGCACAUAUUUGGCACUAAAAAUAAGAUAACAAGGUACUCAG